GCUAGUAGUAUUAUUUUUCCCGACGACAUCCACUGUCAGCAGCGCGGUGGCACUCACACCAGCUAGCGCACAACCGAGGGAAGACCCACGCGGAGCGGAUCUGAAGAAAAUACUUUCGGGGGAAAAGUAAAGACAGAAUGGCACUUCGAUGGGGCAUCGCCUGCACAGGGCAGGUCUGUCAUGACUUCCUCACCGCCCUGGCCACCCUGCCCCCUGGGGAGCACGAGGUGGUCGCUGUCGCCGGUAGGGACCCCCAGCGGACCAAGGACUUCGCCAAGCUGCACAAGAUCCCCGAGGCAUACGGAUCUUACGAGCAGCUGGCAACCAACAGAGACAUUGAGAUUGUGUACAUCGGCUCUGUCUGUACUGAGCAUUACAAGAUGGCCAAAAUGUACUUGAACCAUGGCAAGAACGUGCUGUGUGAGAAGCCGCUGACCCUGACUGUGCGGGAGUCUGAGGAACUCAUUGAGUUGGCUCGCAGCAAGAAGGUCUUCUUCAUGGAGGCCAUAUGGAGUCGAUUUUUCCCUGUGUACGAGUACGUCCGCCAGGAGCUCGAGAGCGGUACGAUAGGUGACGUGGUGCAAAUCAACGCCAACAUGACCAUCCUCCAGGAAGAAGGCUCUCGCAUAAGGAACAAGGACCUUGGUGGGGGCACCAUCCUCGACUUCGGCGUGUACGUCCUGCAGCUCGUAGUGAUGGUUUUGGGUUCCCGCAUGCCCGAGGCAAUAGCAGCCGUCGGCCACCUGAACGAGACGGGCUGCGACGACGCCACCGCCAUCGCGCUCAAGUACCCCGGCGGCAAAACAGCCGUCCUGGGCACGUCUGCCCUCGCUGACAUGAACAACGAUGCCUUCAUCUGGGGCACGAAGGGCUGCAUCAGGAUUAUUGACCCGUUCUGGUGCCCGACCAAAGUUGUUUGUGGAAAUGUUACCAAAGAAUUCCCCCUUCCCCCGGGAGCACACCCAUAUUUUAAUAGAAAUAGUUCCGGAUUUCGUUAUGAAGCCAACGAAGUCAAACGCUGCAUCAGACAAGGCCUCUUAGAGUGCCCAAAGAUGACACACGCAGAGUCCAUUACAAUUGCAAAAAUCCAAGAAGAGGUACAAAGGCAAAUAGGAGUAACAAAGAAAUAAACCUCAUUGACUUAAAAAAGAAUCUACAUUUCACUAUUUUUAAUUAGUCAGAAAAGAAAUACAAGAAUAAAAUGCAUAUAAUAAAUGGUCACUUUAAAACUUACAAAUACCAUUUGUUUUAGAAUAAUAUUAACAAUGUAAAUAUGAAGAGAAUAAAAAAAUAUUAUCAAGAAGUACAAAA